ACACGUAUUUUCCGAAAAACGUCGGUAUAUUUUAUACACGUGCGAAUCAAGAAUAUAGUAAACAAUUUUAUAAUUAUUCUUCAUAAUCGUAUAGAUUCUUAGAAAGAACAAACAAAAAAAAAAAUAUGCCGCCAGUGUUAAACGGCAAGGAGCCGCCAAAGUCAUGGAAAAAAAUCAACGUCGAACGCAAAGCUUUGAGGAAGCAGCGUAAACAGGAAAAAUUGUUGAAGGAGCUUGAGAAGAAUGCACAAACUGAAUUGGAAGCAGUGCAGGCAGCUGAGAAAAUACCAGAAAAGCCAAAAUUACAGCCUUCCACUAUUAGUAUAGCAGUGCCCGGUUCCAUACUUGAGAAUGCACAAUCGGCGGAAUUACGCUCUUACCUAGCUGGGCAGGUGGCACGCGCUGCUAGCAUUUUUCGUGUACAUGAAGUGAUUGUAUUCGAUGAUGUUGGCGUUGCGACAGCACGUGAAACAAAACGUAAUUUCGAUGCAGAAGAUGGUGACGAUACCAUGAAUGGUGUUGGUGCAACAACGGUGCGAAGUAGUUGUUUGCAAUUGGCACGCAUCUUACAGUACUUGGAGUGUCCACAAUAUUUACGAAAAUUCUUUUUUCCCCUGCACAAAGAUCUGCAGUAUUCAGGGUUAAUGAAUCCCUUGGAUACGCCACAUCAUUUGCGGCAACAAAAUGUAUUCCUCUACCGAGAAGGCAUUAUUUCAGACAAACAAGCCAAAAAUGGGCAAUCAUUUGUGAAUGUUGGUUUAUUAAAUGAUGUGCUGGUCAAUAAGGCUAUCGAACCCGGUGUGCGUGUUACUGUUAAGUUGGACAAUAUAAAAGAUAACAACAAAAAGCUGCGCGGCAAAAUUGUUAGUCCGGAUGAACCGCGACGCGAAACUGGCGUCUACUGGGGUUACACCGUACGAAUUGCGCAUUCACUUGCUGAAAUCUUCACGAAAUCACCUUAUGCCGGUGGUUAUGAUCUAACAGUUGGCACUUCAGAUCGUGGCACCAAUGUACAUGAGGUGCCAAAUCAGUCUUACAAAUUCAAUCAUCUACUACUCGUUUUCGGUGGUCUUAAAGGACUCGAGACUGCAUUAGCAAAUGACGAUAAGUUAAAUGUAGAUGAUCCAGCGUUACUCUUCGAUCAUUAUGUGAAUGUAUUGCCACGUCAAGGUUCGCGUACAAUACGAACGGAAGAGGCCUUGUUAAUUGCUUUGGCGUCGCUGCAGGAGAAAUUACAACCGGCUGUGCCAGAUGUGGAGGAGAAGCUCGACGAAUAUCAACUACCACGUAGUGAUGAUGCAGGUGUACGACUGGAUGUUAUGAAAAGCAACAAGAAAAAUAAAAAACGUAAAUUUGACGAACAUGUAAUUGAUCACGUGAAUAAAGCAGUGGAUGAGCAACAAGAGCAGACAAAUCCCUUUGGAGAUAGAACGUCGCCAACGAAGCCGAAAAAAGACAAACAAAACGAAACUUUUAAUCCAUUCGAUAAAAAAACGGUAAAUAAAAAGAGCAAACAACAGAAUGUUUCUUUUAACUCAGCGGAAAACGGAGUAAAGUCGAAAUUGAAACAUAAAAAGGAGGUCAGUAAUGCUGGAAAUAGUGUUGAAGACGACCUUGAAGUAGUGCCAGUGGAUGGAAGCAAUCCGACAGCUACUUCGAAAGAUUUAGGCGAUCUUAGUCGCUUUGAUUAGUUAUUUUUUCGGAUAAUGUUUAAUUAGUGCUGUAGUUAACUUGGAAAUAAAAAAAAUAUGCGUAUUGAAGUCAAAAACUUCAACAAAUUUUUUUGUUUGAUGUUCUAACGCUUUUACAUCGAUCAUUAAA